CAUGCAGCGGAGGAGGAGGAGGAGGAGAGGUUUCAAAACCAGCAGCAACGCAACGGCUCGACUGGUUGCCUCCUCCAAUCCCAAAUCCCAAAUCGAAUCCUCUUCCUCCUCUAGUGGGUGGGUGCACGUCGCGAUGCUCCCGCUCCUCCUCCUCCUCCUCCUCCUCCUCGCCUCCCAUGGCCAUGGCCCGGCGGUGGCGGCAGCGCAGGGCCUCCCGCCGCUCCCCAUCGGCGUGAACUACGGCGCCAACGCCGACAACCUCCCUUCCCCGGCCGCCGUCGCCACCUUCCUCGCCACCAAGACCACCGUCAACCGCGUCAAGCUCUUCGACGCCAACCCGGCCUUCCUCGACGCCUUCGCCGCCAACGCGCCCUCCAUCUCCAUCGCCGUCUCCAUCCCCAACGCCGCGCUCCCCUCCUUCGCCGACCGGGCCACCGGCCUCGACGCCGCGCGCGGCUGGGUCCGCGACAACCUCGCCGCCCACGUCGCCAACGGCGCCAACGUCACGCUCCUCCUCGCCGGGAACGAGAUCCUCGGCCCCGUCGUCGUGCCCGACCUCGUCGUCGCGCUGCUCCCCGCCAUGCGCCGCCUCAACCAGGCCCUCCAGCUCGAGAAGCUCCCCCAGGUGCGCGUCACCACGCCGCACUACCUGGGCAUCCUCGCGCCCUCCGACGGGAUCCCCUCCAACGCCCGCUUCCGCCCGGGCUUCGACGACAAGGUGCUCGCCCCCAUGCUCAAGUUCCACAACGAGACAGGCUCGCCGCUCAUGGUGAACGCCUACCCCUACUUCAGCUACAACGCGCAGAACCUCAACUACGCCAUCUUCCGCCCCAACGCCGGCAUCUACGACCCCGCCACCAAGCUCAACUACACCAGCAUGUUCGACGCCCAGAUGGACGCCAUCUACACCGCAAUGAAGAAGCUCGGAUUCGGCGACGUGCAGAUCGCCGUCGGCGAGGCGGGAUGGCCCACGCAGGCCGAGCCCAGCCAGGUCGGCGUCGGGCCCGAGGAGGCCAGGGACUUCAACGCCGGCAUGAUCCGGGUCUGCAGCGGCGGCAAGGGCACGCCGCUCAUGCCCGGGAGGACAUUCGAGACCUACAUCUUCUCCCUCUUCGACGAGAACCAGAAGCCCGGCCCCAUUGCGGAGAGGAACUUCGGCAUCUUCAACCCGGAUUUCACCCCCAAAUACGACCUCGGACUCCUCCGCGAUGGAUCGUCUGCAUCUCCAAACCCUUCACCGAAUCCUUCUCCGAAGCCAAGCCCGAACCCGUCACCCUCCGGCGGAGGGAAGUGGUGUGUGGCCAAGGCCAGUGCAGAUGCGACUACCCUGCAGAACAACAUCAACUACGCCUGUGGCUUCGUGGACUGUAAGCCGAUCCAGAGCGGUGGCGGGUGCUUUGACCCCAACAACGUGCAGUCCCAUGCUUCGUUCGUGAUGAACGCAUAUUACCAGGCCAAUGGGCGCCACGACUACGACUGCGACUUCAAGGGCACCGGCAUGGUCACCUCCAGUGACCCCAGCUACGGGAGCUGCAAAUACGUCUCCUGACGGGGCGCAGCAAGUCCAGGCAGCGCGGUGGCAGGGGCACCAGCCUCGAGUCCACAUCGUCCUCCAGGCUGGAGCCAUGGCAACGCUGGGAGGUUGAUACUGCCGGGCUUGCGCCACAUACUUCUGUACUCUUGUCUGACACCCAUGCUUCUUGCUAUGCAUACCUACUAGUUCUUAGACGAGCCACCAUUGUUAUCCCUCAGCACGAGGGAGGUGUACCCCAGUUAUUGUAGCGUAUUGUGUUCAAUCUGGUUUGGCCGUGCGUUAUUUUCUUCUUCUUCUUCUUAUUGUGUAGUGGUGAAGAACAGUUCUUUAACUCGAUCAUUCCAUUCCAUUCUAUGUAGACACAAAUUACAGGAACAGAGUGAAAUGAGGCCUCCUUGUUUCAUGGUGCUCA